GAUGAUUAUCUCUGAACAAAGUAGAGGGGGAAAAUGAUCUGGUUGCGUAAUAACAUUAUACAGGCGUAUAAACAAGACUUUUUUUUUUUUUAAUUUUUUUUAAUUUUUUUUUGCAUAUUCAGAAAAUCAAGCCAAUUCUCAGUCCAUACACAUAGACAAGAUGGUAUACCUGACUUAGCUGGCCUGAAAUCAACUUACUCUCACGAUUACCUCAGAUGAAUUGCUAUUAUGUUACUAUAUAUGGUGAAAAUGUCCUAGAAUAUGUCAACCCCAUUUCAAUUGGGUUGUGUAGAUACACUAGGAGGCGCGCAGUUUCAUCCUUUCACGCCACACAGCCGGAAAGGUACUGAUGAUGAUCGCCUAUCUGUUGGGAAAACAAAUCCGUGUUACCACAGUUUCUCAUUUACCUACUAUUCAGAUGACAUGGAACGAAGUGUACUGUUAAAUAGCCAUUUAGAAAGAUAAAAUGACUAAAAGUUGUUGUGUGGAAUUUUCUACGACCAACAAAGCGAAAAAUCCAGAAUUGAUUUUUUUUCCGUCUGCCAACUGAAAAGACAGAGCCGAAAAGAAGACUGCUGUGGCUGCGAGCAAUUACUUAAAGGACGCCUGUGGAAUCCCACAUCCAUACACGUGUAUGCCUGCCGCAGACAUUUCAUUACAGGUCAAAUAAAUGUUUGCUAUGUCUUCAGAGUUUACCCUUGAUAUCCAGCUGACAGAAUUGGGGUUUCCAAGCUGGAAUUUCCCACUCAGUGAGCCACAGAGUGUUAAGGAGACAUUUUUGCCAAUGCAUAAUGGCACUGAAAAGUCAGCACCUGAGACUGAACCGCUUGCAAACUGUCAUGAGGAUACCUGUGUUGUACCAAGUGCAUCUCAUGACGAAAACUUUCUGCAGGACAGUGAAUAUUCCUCUCCCAUCAAACAUAACUCUACAAUUAACACACAAACCUCUCAAAAGAAUUCAACAAUAAUCACCGAAGACAACAGGGAGAAAAACAUUAGUAAUAAUUGGAGAACCAAAAACAAAAGUAGUUGGACAGAACUGAAAAACAAUGACAAGGAGCAAAGUAGAGAAGAGGAAAAGAAAACUGAAAAGGAACAGAGAGAUUCAGAGGUGAUUGAGGAAGCUGCCUGUCUUGUGAUGGAUGAUAUGUCUGGUGAAGAAAUAACACAUGAUGCAGAAUUUGAUUUGACUGAUGAUGAUUACGACGAUGAUGAGGAGGAGGAGGAGGAAGAAGUUGUGAAAGAAGAUGAUUCCUGUUCAGAGGCGAAUGGGUCUGGAGAUAAUGAAGAACAUCACUGCCAUGUGUGUGAUCUUACCUUUACCUCUUUAUUCUUACUUCAGGAACACUUGAAUAUGCACACAGGUGCUCGCCCCUACCGCUGUGAUGAAUGUGGCAAGCAGUUUUGCCAAUUAAUCAACUACCGUGCACACCUUCUCUCCCACUCGCAAAAAGCUUCCAUCCACUGUCAUGUUUGCUCAACCAUCUUUGAGACUGAGGAACAACUCCAGAAGCACUUGGACACUAAUCAUUUUGAGAGGCAGUUCUAUCAAUGUGAUUUCUGCAAGCAGAUUUUCACUAACCUAGAGGUGUGCCAGGAUCAUGUCGAAACACACAGGCAACAGGCAAAACAACAUAUGCUUCGUCACCUUGAAUUGCACAGCAGAGGGGGCUUUUCCUGCUUAGACUGUGAACGGACAUUCUUCAGCAAGGCUGCCCUGUUACACCACAGUUUCACUCAUGUAGGUGUCUUGCCAUAUACGUGUCUAAAGUGCAAACGUCAUUUUCGCUUACCCUCUCUCUACCACAACCAUGAAUGUAAGCCAGAGCACAUCCAGUGCAUGGCUUGUUUGGUGUUCUUCCAGAGUCAAGAGGACUUUGAAAGGCAUAAGAAGGACACAGGAUGCUGGGGCCAUCAAGGGGUCUUGCCUACGAAGACUGAUGAGAUUCGUUGCAUGGAGUGUGGCCAGAUCUUUGCGAGCAUUGAGGAAUUAAAGAAACAUGCAAGCACUCACCAGAGGGUUCUGAAAUGUGCUGAAUGUGGUAUGGGUUUCCGCUCAGCACUCAUGCUUAUGUCACACAUGGGAGGGCAUGCAGGACAGCGGCCAUGUCUCUGCAAAGACUGUGGCCUUGGCUUCCCACAUCAACAGGGGUAUGACAGCCACCUCAAAACGUGUGGACUGGAGACCCCACCAGUGGCUGCUGCAAAAAAACCUCGACUGAAAGAAGCCCCCUCUUCACAAAGAAUGAAACCAAUUGCUCCUAGCGUAUUCUUCAAAACUGUUGCUCAGGGCUCAAACCCAGCAACAUUUUCACAUAGCAUGAAGGACCAAAAUAAGCCUACUGAGGGUGUUCGGAAGCUUUCCUUAAAUAAAGAGCUCCCUCCAGGUAUGCCUCAAGUUUCCUCUCUAGUCUUAGAUACACCCUCGUCUGCUCCAAGUGUCAUUUCCAUGCCAGUUGUCCCACCCAGCCCUGUUGAUAGUGCAGAGACCAGGAAAGACAUUGUGGAGCAAUCCAAAACCAACAUUCCCUCAGAUAUAUUUAUACCAAUGGAAAGUGAUUAUAGUUCCUCGAAGAAGAGGAGGAACUUCUUUGAAGAUAAGAGCUCAAUUGAUUUUGGGAUGGAAAAUUUAACAAAGGUAGGUGAACCGGCUUCAGGUGAGGUGGAACCUAAUCGGGAAUUGAACGUUACUACACAUUUAGAGGCAGAGAAUGAGCUAAAAAGUAAAUCAAAAGCAAAACCUAAUGCACUAAUAGAUGAAAAAGUGGAUCCAUUGAGUUCAUCAGAUACUGCAUCUCUCAAUCCCAUGAACGCCAAGAUACCAUUAUGUAUAGUACAGGUAAAAGAGAUAUAUGAUGACAACAUCAAGAAAAGGUCUUCAAGUUUGAAACCCCAUGAUUCCUCACCUGUAAUGCCAGGGGUAGAAAGAACUCUCACUUUAAAGAUAAAAGCAGAGACACAAACACCAGAGUCUUCGGUCACAGGCUCUUAUAGUCUUGUCCAUGGUUCUUCAGAAAUUACUUUAGAAAAAGAUCAGAUCAAAAAGGCAGAAGAAGUUGUGUCAUCUGACAGGAUGUUUGUGAAGUCAGAAGUGGAAUGUACCUGGAUGGGGGACAAAUCAGAAAAUUGGCUGCAGGGGGGAACUGCAUGUGCGUUUGAUUUAGAUGUGGAAAUUAAUGAUGAAAUGGACUCGAGCAGCAUGGAGGUGGAGAUUGGUGAUGAAGACAGUGGAGUGGAUAUGUUGGAAGGUGAGCUUCAUGAGUGUGUGACUUGUGGAAACAUCCUUCCUGAAAAGGAUAUGGUCCAGCACUACAUGAUGCAUGCUGCGGUCUCUGACAGUCACAGGCGCUCUCCUAUCAAAUGUGGUUCAGACUCUGCAGACCAAUGUCAGUCCACAACCCCUCCAUGUAGCCUAUCAAGGAAAAGACAAAAUUCUGGCACAAAGUUGUGAUGUUUAGUUCAAAGGUGAUGCAAACCCAAAUAAUAUUUGGUUGACUGCUAAAGGGAGUCGGAGAGAAUCGUAGGUUACAGGCUGACAGACUUUUAUGUUGCACCACUUUUAGCCUACGUAUUCCAUUUACUUGGAAAUGUGUUCUCCAUUUGCUUGGUAAAUAGUUUAGUAUUUAAACCAAGUAUAAUUGUGGGAAAAAUUGUUGUAUGCUAAAUACAAGUGUGUUUGCAUUUGUUGUGCUCUUUAAAUUUUCACAGUAUCUUAUUGCAUUUUCUCAUUGUCUGUUAUGUCGGCAACAAUAAAUGUAAAUUGGGACAUUGAGAACAGCAUUAUUUUGUUAUUCAUUUUAAAAUAAUUUCACCCAAGCAUUUUGCUCAACUAACUGCUGUGGCUACAAUAUCAAACUGAAAGCAGCAAAGGUAGAGGAUUAGAAAUGGUUUUCUUAAUCACCUUUUUUAACCCUGUACACAUAUGAUGGUCUAAAAGGACCCAGGUGAAAUCUAGAUGCUUACUCUUUAUAAAACUAUUUUUAUUUAUUUUUUAGGCAAAUUAACUGCAGUGAUAAUUUUUAGUUAAAACUUGGAAAAAAGACAACCAUAUGCACUUAUGUUUCUAGAUUACUCUAUGUAGCUAUAUUUGGUGUCCGAAGGGGUGAGGCAUACUGAAAAAUGAAAAGUUUCAGGUUCAAAACAAGCGGUCCUGGAGCUACAAUUGUGUCCUUGCCCUUUAACUGAACAGGCUAGACUUGUUCUGACAGAAUGGAUGAGUUAGCAGACACAGGGUUACAUUGCUCUCUUUCCUGUGUUUCUGCUGCUCAAAUGUGGAAAAAUAAAUCCUGUCAAAAAAAGUUAAUUAAUAUGCUAACAGUAUAGACCACAUCAGUGACCCCACAACAAGGAAAAUCACUGCAAUAUCAGUGAAUUAAAGUAUAGUGCACUUAUGUAUUUCAGAAAUGUUUGGAAUUAUGAGGAACCAUGUGGUUUUACUUUAGAAUAAUUUGCUCAUAGUUCUAGUGCAUUGUUCUCUCUUUUCUGAACUGAAGUGUCUUCAUCUUAUUAUUUAAAAAAAUAAAAAAUUACCUAUCAGGAUGUGCUACCAGCAUAACUAUCAUGUAGUGUGAUAUGGUGUGAGGCUGUACUAAUCCCUUACCCUACGCCAAACCUUAACCCUAACCCUAAAACUGCGAAUAUAGCGUUGGUAGCACAUCCUGAUAGGUAGCAUAUAUUUUCAGAACACCUGAUCUAGGGAAUUCAUGCUGUAUUGGUAACACAGUGGCUAUAAUUAAGAGAUACAAAGAAAUUGUCCAUCUGUCAAAAAAUAUUACAUUUUUAGGACUGUAGCAGGUUAUUAAAACCUCUCGAAAUCACUGAGGUGAGCUCAGUGUACAACAUAGUUUUUUAUUUUUUAUAAAUAUAAUCACGUAGUUUUUAAGACUCACUAUGAUGUCCACUGAGAAUAACGUCAGAGUGUUGGAUAGCAAUCAAAAUGAAAAGAUAAAUGUCAAGACUGUUUUGGUUUGGACAGAUCACCCCCUCAAGUUCUCAUGAAAUCAGUCCGACUCUCAAAUUUGGGAGGGGUCGCGGGGACGCUGGUAAAAUACAGGCUGCCCCAAUGUGACUCAUACGGGAAAGCAUGAAAAACGAGUGGGCAGGAGUGCGUGAGAUGAUGAACAGCAGCAAAGUUGAAAUGAAACGCUAACACACUUCACUAGGUUCUCUCGAGUUCGUCAUAUUUAACUUCGCAACGAAAUUAAGUAUAAAACAGGUUAAAGAAAAAUAGAGCACACCAGUAUUAAACAGGAAAUGGCAGAUAAUGGUCCUGUUACAGUUUGUUUCCUUUCACUGUUAGGUGAGACAAUCGUUUUUUUUCCACACCUCUUCCUUUCCUUACCCCGCUCUGCUGUUUGAGACCACCUUACAUGUGCACUGUUUGCAGCAAUUUCCUGUUAAAUUGUGUGCGUGCACUUGAUGUGGGUGCAGAAUAAACACAAUGGUAUUUAAUAGAGGUGUUGUUUUCCCCAUCUCUCUGACUUGAUUAUGUAAAUGUACACCAAUCUCUCUUUUGAGGCUUGUGCAAUUUAGCAGUCUCUGUUGUUUUUAGAUUCAUGCAUAAUAUUAAUAAGUGUUGCCACCUAUAUUUAUUGUGAUGACAGCUGAUUUAAAAUUUCUUGUCCUAAACUUUUAUAUCACUAUUUAUAAACUUUUUUACUUCCUUUCUCUCCCUAAUAUUUUUCUUUUCUUUUCAUGUGUUGUAAGCUAUGGUCAGUGCUACUGAAGGUAAGUAUUUAUAUUGAGAAGCUGGAUUGACAAGAUAUAUGAUGGUGACUUAUGUUUAAAGUCAUCAUAUUACUUGUUAGUUCAGUCAGUUUCAUACAGCUCAUAAAAUCAGUCAAAUUGUGCAUUUAGUUAUUCGACAAACUACUGCACAAGGAAAAUAACCAUACACACAUUGUUUGUGCAUUCAUGUGUUACAAGUUACUUCACAUAACACAUGUUUAAUUAUUUCCCACAGAUAGAGGCUCAUGCUAUGGAAUAAGCCCUGGCACCAUAGCAGGUAUUAUAUUUGCUGAUGUUGCCCUGACGGUCCUCAUUGUUACUACAACAUAUUGGUAUGCCAGCAAACGCAGACAAAAGAAAGAAAAUGCUGAAGAAGUCUACAUG